ACAGUUCUCAACCACACUGAUAGCGUGGAAUCACAAUUUAUAGAAACAACUCCUGUAGUUCAGUAGUUGUGUCUGUACUGUAGUGAUGAUGAUGAGCUUCAGUUUUCAACUUCUUCUUCCUAUAUUCUUCUUUCUUAUCACAACUUCACUUUCACAACAUGCUAACAACCAGUUUUGUGAAGCUGGAAUUGAAUCCGGAGAGUCCACAUGUGGAACUUCAUCAUCAACAAACAAGUUGUUGAUUAAAGGUGGUACUGUUGUCAAUGCUCAUCACCAACAUGUUGCUGAUGUUUAUGUUGAAGAUGGAAUCAUUGUUGCCGUCCAACCAAAUAUCAUGGUUGGAGAUGAUGUGUAUGUGAUAGAUGCCACCGGCAAGUUUGUCAUGCCAGGAGGCAUUGAUCCUCAUGCACACCUAGGGAUGGAUGCGUUGGGUACUACAUCAGUAGACGACUUCUUCAGUGGUCAGUCUGCAGCAUUAGCUGGUGGAACAACGAUGCACAUUGACUUCGUUAUGCCAAUUAAUGGGAAUUUAACUGCUGGUUUUGAAGCCUAUGAAAAGAAGGCAAAGAAUUCUUGCAUGGAUUAUGGCUUCCAUGUGGCAGUUACCAAAUGGGAUGAAUCUGUUUCAACAGAUAUGGAGAUCAUGGUUAAGGAGAAAGGUAUCAACUCUUUCAAGUUUUUCAUGGCAUAUAAAGAAUUUAUUAUGGUCAACGAUGAGCUUCUGUUGCAAGGAUUUAAGAAGUGCAAGUCUCUUGGUGCCUUAGCGAUGGUCCAUGCAGAAAAUGGAGAUGCUGUGUAUGCAGGGCAACAGAAAAUGAUAGAACUUGGAAUAACAGGUCCUGAAGGGCAUCCUCUUUCAAGGCCUCCAAUGUUGGAAGGAGAGGCAACUUCUCGUGCUAUUCGCUUAGCAGAUUUUGUGAACACUCCUUUAUAUGUGGUUCAUGUAAUGAGCAUCGAUGCAAUGGAAGAAAUUGCGAAGGCUCGGAAAUCAGGACAAAGGGUAAUUGGAGAACCUAUUGUCUCUGGGUUAGCCCUUGAUGACUCUUGGCUUUGGCAUCCUGAUUUUACGACUGCAGCAAAGUAUCUCAUGAGCCCUCCUAUUAGGAGUAAAGGACAUGAUAAGGCCCUUCAAUCUGCCCUUGCAACAGGAGUUUUGCAGCUGGUAGGAACUGAUCAUUGUGCCUGGAAUUCCACCCAGAAAGCUCGUGGAGUUGAUGACUUCCGCCAAAUUAUAAAUGGUGUCAACGGUAUUGAAGAAAGGAUGCACGUGGUCUGGGACAUAAUGGUGGAAUCUGGUCAAAUAUCGGUCACGGACUAUGUCAGAGUGACAAGCACUGAAUGUGCUAGAAUCUUCAAUAUAUAUCCAAGGAAGGGAGCUAUACUUCCGGGGUCCGACGCAGAUAUUAUCAUCCUGAAUCCUAACUCAAGUUUUGAGAUAACUGCAAAAUCUCACCACUCCAGAUUGGACACAAAUGUGUACGAGGGAUGGAAAGGAAAGGGGAAAAUUGAAGUGACUAUAGCAGGAGGAAGAGUUGUUUGGGAAAAUAAUGAACUGAAAGUUGUUCCUGGUAAUGGGAGAUACAUACAGAUGCCUCCUUUUAGUUAUCUGUUUGAUGGAUUGGACAAAAAGGAUGCUGUUUAUCUAAAUUCCCUUAAAGCCCCAGUAAAAAGAGCCAAAUCUACCACUUAAAAAAAAAUUAUGGUAUUGUUUUUUACUAUAUUGUUAACAUAGUUUUUGGCAUUCAAACAAAGAAAAAACAUGUAUCUAUGUACUAGAAAACUUCGAUUGUACAUAGAAUAAUUAUGUUGUGUUACUUUGCUUAGAUUUGUGUUGAAAGCAAUGGGAGAAAAAGGGAACAUAACAUGAAUAAGAUACUGUAUAAGUACUAUAUAGCACACUCAUGUUGGUUAGACUAUGUGUAUAUGUUAUGGUUACUGGAGUUGUAACUUGUGGCAGUAUUCCUGUAGAGUCAUCUUACCAAAGAGGGCCUAGAUGUGCAUAUA